AUGGAUACCGAGUCGAAUGCCACCACACCAGGCCAAGAUACAACACCGUACAUCCGAUUUGCUAUCGACCAGCUGACUCGGGAUGAGGAGGUCCGAGGUUCGCGCGUCUACCCACAGGUCGAAGAACUAGACGAGGAGGAUGACUAUCCAGUUGAGAGAAUUGUGCACGAUUACGGCCUGGGGUAUAUGGCACAGGAGCAGGCCACGCAGCAGAGAAUGUCUCAGCAUGUGGCGCCCAAGCCCCAGACAUUGCAUCAGGCGCGAGGGGCUACGAACAAGCAUAUGCCAAUGACAAUGCCAACUGCAACGCAAAACCAGCAACCUGCGCAUCAGCAUCAGCAUCAGCAUCAGCAUCAGCAUCAGCAACAGCCACCAUCGUCUCCCCGAGCAUCGAGAGAUGUCUUUGUAGCGAGUUCUCAACCGCAUGCGUCUCUCCAUUUUCUCCCUGCUAUACUUCGCCCAAUCUGGCUUGGGCUAUUCACCUUUCUCUGCCUGCUCAUGCUUGCUGGACUCAUCUUCGCCGCCAUCUACUCGAGCCGAAGCGGUGGCACCGGACUUUGUGAUUAUGGCACUUUCGGAGACGGCCUUUACUUCGUGUUCGAGUACCUACCGACUCUGCUCGGCAUGCUUCUCUUCGUCUGGCUCAUCCAGAUACAGAUCGCAUUGCAACGAAUAAUCCCUUUCAUGUCCAUGGCAUCCAACUCCUUCCACAAAAGCGUUGGUACUUGCUACGUCAUUUUUUGGCUGUUCUCAUGGACGAUUCCAUUGCUCGCAUCUACGUUCAACGUAAGAUACGAUGUCGGCCGUGGUACCUGGAGAUGGGUUGCUGUGCAGGGUGUCAUCUGGACAGUUGUGGCGCUCUAUGUCCUGCUGGUCAUUGCCAUCAUUACCUUGAUCUUCAAUCUUGGCCGAAAUGCAACUGGUCUGAAGUGGGAUCCGCGAUCACUGGCCGACAUCAUCGCUCUACUUGAGCGCUCAAAUAUUAUGUCAGAUUACAACGGCUCCGAGACUUUCGAAAAAGCCGACUGGCACUUGGUCGCUAACCGUGCCGAUCGCAUCGGAUACUGGAGCACUACGAAACGACCCAACGACUUCUUUUACGGUAUCGGGGAAGAGGGCGGAGAUGUUCGGAGAUUUUCAGUCGAGCAAGGACGUAUUAGGGAGAAGGGUCCUGAACGCCCGCACCCGUACGCAACUCAAGGCGAGCAAGGCGACUAUUCCAUUCGCAUGGAUAUUCGGAGUCCUGGGGUGCGACUGCGGUUUCUUCCAUGGUAUCUCCGGGACUUUGCGGUCAUUGCUUGGAUUGGCGUCGCAUCCGUCUUGCUCAUUGCCUUUCUUGCAGUAAGCUUCAUCAACUCCGCUGUCAGAUUUGGGUUCUUACCUAAGGUGUUUGCUCGUACCGACUCUGGAGGCUUUUCAGCAUCCAAUUUCCUGUACUCGUUCAUUCCAGCACUCAUUGGCCAAUUCCUCUUUCUCGCGCUUCUAUCACUCGAUUACUCUCUUCGAGUUUUACAGCCCUACAUUUCGCUAUCAUCGAAGGGUGGAGCUACAGCCGAGCAAAGUCUCCUGGUGGACUAUGUCUGCCGCCUCCCAUUUUCGGUCACCCUUUCCGCGAUGGAGAACAAGCACUUCCAGACCGCGAUCCUCUCGUUGGUCUCACUCGCCUCCAUGUCCCUGCCUGUCCUUGCAGGCGGAUGCUUCUGGACGCAGUACUACAACAAUGAAGAAGUUGUGCGUGUUGCGGCAGAUCUGCCUGGCUACUACGCACUUUGCUUCUUCUUGACACUGUGCACAUUUGGCCUCUUUGCCCUUCUUCCGGGGCGUCGCCGCGCCGCACUACCACACAAAAGUAACAGCGUUGCUGAGAUCAUUAGUUGGGUGUACCAAUCUCCGAUCCUCAGCGACCGCGCAUUCGCACGCCCGCAAACGAAGCCUGAACUUGUUGCCAAGUUGAUGGGUAACUCAGAAGCAGCACAGAAGCAGAGAUAG